GACCCUUUCAGAUCGCAUCUAGCCUUUACAAUUUCCUGUCGCGCAAUGGACAUCCGGUGCCUGCGAUUGACCAGCGCGGGACUUGUGGAGCCUGCAGGCCUUCGCUACGGCGCAGACCACUUGUCGCAAAGGAGCUUCAAUAGCAGGUUGCUGGAUUCGCUUCCUGCUUCCCUGUUCAUCCCCACCCCGGCCUGGCGGGACCUGCCUGUGACAUCUCUUCCGGGCUACGACAAGGUCUUCGUUGUGGACCCUGAGAUGGCGGAAGGAUGCGUCAUGCUGAUCCUGUUCUUGACAAAAGAUGGCCGGGAGAGGAUGGACUUCCAUGACAACCCUUUGGCCUACCAGCUCAUCUCAAGCAAGCAACGCCAGGAAAAGCACAUCAAGUUUGUGAGCGGCAACGUUGUGCUGCUGAGACAUCCAGGCUUCGCAGUCCGGCCAACGGUGCAAAGUCUGAGCUUGGACACCUUCAAGAAGCGGACAGCAGCGCUGCCGGACUUCAAGGUAUCCUUCCCUGGGCGGCCGCAGACCGCGCCCAUCUUCGUGCCACGGCCCCGGGGCGGCUUUGCCCUGCCAGGGCCCGACGGAGCCGCAGCCCCAGCUGCUGCAGCCCCAGCUGCUGCAGCCCCAGCUGCUGCAGCCCCAGCUGCCGCGGCCGCGCCGGCGGCAACGCCCAGGCUCAGCCCCACCCCGGUGCCGGCGGAGGACGAGUUCUGGGGCGCCGCCCAGGAAAGCUACGCCAGGGCGGCCAACAAGGCGGAGGAUUUCUCCGAUCUGACGGAUGACGCCAGCACGGCUGGCUCAUCCGCAGCGCGGUCGCCAGCAGACUGGGCGGUGGACGAAGUGGCCGCAUGGCUUGCUGCCUUGGACUUCGGCAGGUGUGUUAGGUAUGUUGACACCUUCCGCCGUAACGAAAUAGACGGGAGAGUGCUGGCUGAAUUGACAAAGGACGAGCUGAAGGACGAUUUGGGCAUCAAGGAGCUGGGCAUCCGGAAGGUCAUCUUCAACAAGAUUCAGGAACUCUUCCAGUGAUCCGAGGGAAUUUUCGAUUUGACUGUUGUGGUGUUGAUGUGUCCCGUUUGCCGUGUACAGCUGAUAUCCUCUGGUUUCUAAAUGCUGACAUGUUUGCGCAGGCAAGACUUUGUGCAAGCCCUGGC